GUAACAGCAAAGUCCCGCGAGUGCCAUCCGGCUGCUUCGAUGCUGCGCCCGGAACCGCCGGAGCUGGAGAGGUGCCUGCGGCCGCUGGACGCGGCUUCCGAGGAGCAGAGUGAAGGAGAGCCACCAGCUCGUAGGUGCUCGGAUCUCCGCAUGCGGGCAAAAGGCGCUGCUGCUGGACGUGCUGUUGCCAGACUGCCCGGUGGUGGGCGUGUCCCGAGGCUUUGAGGCCUGGAGCGGCAAAAGCUGCACCGCGCUGCUGGGCCGCACGUGGCGAGUGCUGCUGGAGGGCGUGAGCGAGGGCCGCAUCUCGAGGUCCUCCUGCCAGGAGAUGUGGAGAACUUCCUCCGCAUGGCGCGGCUGUCGCGGCUCUGCGCCAUGGCCGACUGCUCUGUUUCCCUGACCGCCUGCCGCGGCGACGGGGAGCUGGUCUCUUGCAGGGGCUGCUUUCAGCUGGUCAAGGAGCGUCCGGACUCCGAGCACUUCGCGCUUUGCUGGCUGCAGGAGCAAUCGGAGGAGGAGGAGCCUUCGAAGCUUCUGGAGGCCUUGCGCUGCAGUGAGACCCGCUGGCCGACGCCCGUGAUGUUCCCGGCGCCGCUCAGCAACAAGUGCUGCCUGACGAACAUGAUGAGCUCGGCUUUGCGCCGGGAGCCACAGCAAGUGCCGCGGGGCUGCGUGGCGCUGUCGCGCCUGGCGCUGCCCGAGCGGGACGGGAGCUACUUCUUCUCCGUGCGCGUGGACCGAGUGCUGCCCUCAUGGACCUCGCGCUUGCCCUUUCUGGGCGUCACCUGCGUGAGCCCCGAGGAAGUCCACCGUUCCAGGUGCUUCUUCGGAUCUCUGCCACACGCCUUUUGCCUCGCGGAGUCUGCAGUGGCUGGGGGCACCGGCGAGGCGUGGCUCCACGCGGAGAGUUGGCCGCUGGUGCCGAAGCUGGGCCAACAGCUGGAGGCCGAGGCCACGCGCCGGCACCUCAGCUCGUUGCCCGAGCACCGCCGCGCCGCGCCCUUCGUGCCGCGCUGCGGAGAUCUCUUGGGCUGCCGUUACCGCAACCUGCGCGAGGCCGAAAAGGGCCCGGAGUUAGCGAGUGCCAUCGGGCUCUACGUGAACGGAGACCUCGCCUUCGAGUUCGACUUCCCGCGGCGCCUGCCGUCCAAGCCGCUCUACGCAGUGGUGGAUGUUUGCCACUGCGUCUAUCAGGUGACCAUGCAGCCCAGUGCGGAGGACUUGCUGAUGGGCUCGUAGGCUCACGAGUGAGUCGGACGGCCAUGUGCCCGUCAAGAGCUUUCGAGUGGAAAUCCUUUGCGGGCUGGUUGGUCUCAAGUGGAACUUGUAUCCGCAACAGACACAUCCAGAUUGGCUCUGCUUACCAAGGAGUCCCAGCAGAAGCUCGUAUGGACCAGUGGUCUAUGGUUCAGUGGGGGGAACAUGGGGGGACGAGCCCUCCAUUCUCCCACGAAUCCAGGGACUCGCAAAGUGUCCCAUGUUCAGGGUAGCAGCAAGUUUCGACAGAGGCCUGAACUCUUUACGGAGUCUCAGUUUGCCGCAAGCAUUCCUGUCACAUUUGGCGCGGUGCGGUCGUGCGCCCAUCGCUCGGUUCGCUGGUUAUCAGCGUGUUAUUUGUGCCAUGGCCAUUUGGCGUCUUGGGGUUCGGAU